CGCCCUCCCGCCGUGGCCACGCCCCCGAGGCCGGGCCCGCUCCCGAGGUGCGGUAGGUGGGCUCGCCUGUUGCCAUGGCGGCUGUUGCCGCGGGGAGCGGGUGGUGGCCUCUGCUGCUGCUGCUGGUCGCCGUGGGGCCGGGGAGCACGGGCGCCGCGCGGCCCCCCAACAUUCUGCUGCUGCUCAUGGACGACAUGGGUUGGGGUGACCUGGGGGUGAACGGGGAACCCUCCCGAGAGACCCCAAAUCUGGAUCGGAUGGCCGCUGAGGGCAUGCUGUUCCCAAACUUCUACUCUGCCAACCCUCUCUGCUCUCCGUCCAGGGCAGCCCUGCUCACAGGGCGGCUGCCCAUCCGCAACGGCUUCUAUACCACCAACGCGCAUGCCAGGAACGCGUACACACCGCAGGAGAUUGUGGGCGGCAUUCCUGACUCGGAGCUCCUCCUCCCCGAGCUCCUACGCAAAGCUGGUUAUGUCAGCAAGAUUGUGGGCAAGUGGCACCUGGGUCACAGGCCCCAGUUCCACCCCCUGAAGCAUGGAUUCGAUGAGUGGUUUGGAUCCCCCAACUGUCACUUUGGACCCUAUGACAACAGGGCCAGGCCCAACAUCCCUGUGUACAGGGAUCAGGAGAUGGUUGGCAGAUUCUACGAAGAAUUUCCCAUCAAUCUAAAGACAGGUGAAGCCAAUCUCACUCAGAUCUACUUAGAGGAAGCCCUGGACUUCAUUAGGAAGCAGCAGGCACAGGCUCGCCCCUUCUUCCUGUACUGGGCCAUCGACGCCACCCAUGCGCCUGUUUAUGCCUCCAAGCCCUUCCUGGGUACCAGUCGGCGAGGGCGAUACGGGGACGCAGUGCGUGAAGUAGAUGCCAGCGUUGGGAGGAUCCUGCAGCUGUUGCAGGAGCUGCACAUUGCAGACAGCUCCUUUGUCUUCUUCACGUCUGACAACGGGGCCGCCCUCAUCUCUGCUCCCACACAAGGCGGCAGCAACGGCCCCUUCCUGUGUGGGAAGCAGACGACAUUUGAAGGCGGAGUCAGGGAGCCUGCCAUUGCAUGGUGGCCUGGCCACAUCCCUGCAGGCCAGGUGAGCCACCAGCUGGGCAGCCUGAUGGACCUGUUUACCACCAGCCUGGCCCUCGCGGGCCUAAAGCCACCCAGCGACAGGGUAAUCGAUGGCCUGGACCUGCUCCCUGCUGCCCUGCAUGGCCAGCUGACACACAGGCCAAUAUUCCAUUACCGUGGCAACACCCUGAUGGCAGUCACUCUUGGCCAGUACAAGGCCCACCUGUGGACAUGGACCAACUCCUGGGAGGAGUUCAGACAGGGAAUCGACUUCUGCCCUGGGCAGGACAUUCCAGGGGUCACGACCCACACCCAGGAGGAGCACACAAAGCUGCCCCUGAUCUUCCACCUGGGCCGAGACCCUGGGGAGAGAUACCCGCUCAGCUUCACCAGCAGUGAGUACCGGGAGGCCCUGCGCAAGGUGGGCCCGGUGGUGCAGCAGCACCAGGAGACCUUGGUUCCCGGGCAGCCCCAACUCAACGUGUGCAACCGCGCAGUCAUGAACUGGGCGCCCCCCGGCUGUGAGAAGUUAGGCAAGUGCCUACCGCCGCCCUCAUCCGCCCCGGAGAAGUGCCCCUGGCCCCACUAGCACUGCAGAGCCCAGCCCAGGCAUCUCCGGGCGCUGGGCUCCCACCUG